AUGGAGAUUGCAGACACCAUCUUCCGGCAGGGCCACACCGUCUCGGAGCGCAAGACGGGGUUCAUCAACGUGGCCAACCUGCUCCCCUGCGUCGGCCAGGACGCUGACGAGUUCUACCGCAUCGCGCGCGAGCUCAGCCAGUGGGAUAUGCAGGCGCGGCUGGCGAUCAGGGACCGGAUCAAUGCGGGGACGAUGUCGGCGGAGCAGGAGGCGCGGUUUAACAACUGGCGGAAGGAGAGCUGGUUAUUGGCCUGCGCGAGAAGAACAUCAACCGCGUGA